AUGACGGAAGUUCUCCAAGUCCCCAGGGAGCCAGACGGUCAUCUGUAUUACCAAAGCCCUGGCCUUCGACCAUCACCCACCUCUUCCUCAUCACUGUUACUCGAUGCCGCUCCAUCCCUCCCACCGAGCCCCAAGGUCACUGAAACCCCUCCGGCCGAACACCAAGAGCGUUUGAGAACUCCAACGCCCGCUUCGUCGCUUCUGCCGCCGUCUACCGCGAGUUCAUACUCGACCAUAUCAGAUGCCGCAUCUUCACAAGAUUCAUAUUAUUACAGCCACAAUUCGUCAUUGACGGACGAUCUGUCUCUCGACACGGACAUCGACUUCCCCAACUACGACGAUGCCUCUUUCGCCUGCCACGAUGAGGCCAAGGGAGUCCCUACGUGCUCUCCUGCCUUCGGUGAAGAAGCUGGUACCGAAUCUACCGCUACCACACGCUCGGACUCUCCCCUAGCCACGCCUACUGUCGUCGACGAUACCGCCGUAAAGGAAGAACCAUCAAGGCAGGUCGACUUCCUUAGUCACGACUGGCGAGAAGAGGACAUAUGGUCAUCCUGGAGACACAUUGUCUCGCAACGCAAGACUGUGUACGGUGAAAAAUCACGACUAGAGAACGCCUCGUGGCGAACAUGGGCGAAGACCAAGUUCGACCUUCGAACGGUCUCCCCGGAGAGGCUCAAUUGGUAGGUGUCACCACAGCUGUGACCCGACAACUGCACAAGUCCGCUGACAUGUGCUUGAACAGGCUCAAGGAAUCAGACGUGACUUGGCUAUACGGCCCACUGAAGACAGCAACUUCAUAUCCCAUCACCCAGGAACUCUCGGGACCGGAGUCUCUGAUUUCCAAGAGCAAUUCGUUCCUGAACAAAAAGCCAAUUUUGAAAAAGCGCAGCAUGUCUGAAGUAAUGCUUCAGAAAUCGCUCUCUACUUCCUCGUUAGUGAAGCAGGCUGCGGAUCGUGUACAAGCUCAGGGUCGAUAUGUGAGAAGGUCCGGCACCAGCGUUGAUCUGGUCGACUCAAAGCUGCAGUCAGAAACUCCAAGCAGGGAUCACGGUGACUACUUCACCAGCAAGACCACUAGCACCGGCGGCACGCCUUGUGAGACACACGAGAAACGCCACAUUCGAUUCGAUGAACGAGUUGAGCAGUGUAUCGCCGUGGAUUGCAAAGACCCCGCUCUCGAGUUGGAAGAUGAGAGCGAGGAAGAAGAGGACCCCAUCAACAGCGUUGGUUCUGACUCCAGUAGUGACGAUGGAAUUGUGAUGAUGAAACGCAACAAACGACCUGGAUCGAAGAAAUCGAAGUGUCAUGGCAGCCGCAGUAGCUCAACCAACGGGAGAAAGAUCAUCGAGACGCUGCCAGCGACCACAUUGAAAUACAGGACGGACAGUCCAGACAUCACAGCGGAGGCACAACACCACACAUUUGGUCGCUCAUGGAAUGUCGGAAAGCUGAGCCCGAGUCCAUCUCAAGAGACGUUGAGGCCUUCGCAUCAUUCCAGCGAUUUCCGGAUUUCCCAUGACGAUGAUGAGGACGACGUGGAUUCAGAUUCCUCCUGGUCUUUUGGGGCUAGCAACCCGAAGUCUUCGCUGGGAAGGAGUAGCACGCCAGCGCCAAGUGAGUUCGAGAUGGAGGGCAUGCGAAAAACCGCCAGCGGCAUGUUCAUGCCUCUCGAUGAGGAUGAGGACGAUGUGGUUGCUGCCGGGCUUUUUGGCCGAGUGAGCGAGACCAUCAACACUGCGCGCGAUAUCGCUCACGUCAUCUGGUAAGAAACAAUAUGAAUGUGUUCUAUCGAAUAGUGCUAAUCAACAGUAGGAACGUUGGGUGGAGGUCUGGAUGA